CCGUCGUUUUUUUCGCUCACAUCGCAACCGUUCGGCCCGCGGAUACUUUCCGAUCGCGCGACCAUACAUAGGUGUUGUACAGCGGCGUGUACGGUUUAAUUUUUUUUAUUUGAUUUUGAUUAUUUUUUUUUUUCCUAACGUGUUACUCGCGUAAACGAUAGUAUAGUCAUCGUCGUAGUACUUUGUCCGCGCGGAUCAGACGUCCGUUGUCGUCGUCGUCGUCGUGCCACUGUUGACGCACGGUAAAAAAUAAAAAACACUGCGAUUAACGGAAAACAUUUUACGUACGUUACUACAGUACGUCGUGCGAUUUAUUUUCUUGUUUUGUUUUACAUUUUUCGCGUUUCUCACGAUCUCGCGCUUUUGCACGCAACACGUCCCGUGACGGUUAGGUACACCAUGACGUCGUGUUCGACCGCCAACGCCGUCGCCGCGGACGUCUAGCACGUGGAAGUGGACGAGUUGUCCGCGUCGCACCCGCCGCCGUCGCAACGGUGACUUUUUGAAAAUCGUCCGGUGUGCCAAGCAUUCACCACGACGGCAUCGCCGGGAGUGCAGAGCGGGACGACCAGCGAGGCUGAGGACUCGUCCAGGUCGUCGUUGGGCUCUACAAUGAUGUUGUCCCAGCAGCAACACCACCAUCACCACAACAUGCUGUCGCCCAUGUUCAACUUUCUGGAUGUGCCGUGCAGCAGCAGCCCGCCAUUGGCCGCACUGCACACCAUGACCGAGAUGAAGAACGGGUGCACGGCGGGCAACCCGCACGGCAUCGAGCAGAUAUUGUCGCGGCCGCCGACCACGGGGGCCGCGGCCGCCAUCAGCCACCAACAGCGGGCGUUCAACAGCGUGGCCGGCAUCGCGGCCGCCGGAAUGGCCGCGGCCGCAUCCUACUUCCACAACGGCGGCGUCAAGCACCCGGCCACCACGCUGGCCGAUCUCACCACCAGAAACCUGUACUGGCCCGGGUUCCAAGGGUUGGUCAACAACCCGAUCGCGUGGCGAGACAGACUAGCUAGCUUGAAUAAUUCCAACCAAGACAAGGACGGCAAGAAGAAACACACGAGGCCCACAUUUAGCGGGCAACAGAUCUUCGCGCUCGAGAAGACAUUCGAACAGACCAAGUACCUAGCGGGUCCGGAACGCGCGAAAUUGGCGUACGCGUUGGGCAUGACUGAAUCUCAAGUUAAGGUGUGGUUCCAGAACAGGAGGACCAAGUGGCGGAAAAAGCACGCGGCCGAGAUGGCCACGGCCAAGAGGAAGCAAGAAGAGGCGGCCGACGAGAGCGAUGAGGACGAAGACAUGCGCGACGACAGUGCGGCCAAACGGCUCAAGCGGGAAUUGGCCGCGCAUUACGGCGGCGGCGGUGGCGGCGGUGGUGGCGGCGUCGGCGUUGGCAGCGGAGGCGGCGGCGGCGGCGGCGUCGGUGGUGGUAUGUAGCAUCAGGCGUGGUCAGGCGUCGGCCACUCCGGCACCUUGGACCUGAAGACUCACGAGUAAACCUCGUCGUGUUCGACUUCGACAAUAUGCGCAACCGUUGCGUAUUCAUUAUUUCCGAUAACCUCGAACGGUCAUCGAACAAGUCUGUACAUAAAUAUUACAUAUAUAUAUAUACAUUUUUAUACAUAUUAUAAGCACAUCGCAAUGUGUCUAACCUAUCCGAAACAUCUAGUCAUCGCAUACGUUGUUUAGGUCUUGUGCAUAUUAUUAUUAUUAUUAUUAUUAUUAUUAUUAUUAUUAUUAUUAUUAUUAGAGAUAUGAAAAAUUGUAAUUACGGUACGUAAAUUUGUGUUACACGGCUCGUACGCGUCGAGCUAUGAUUGCGAACAAAUAGAAUACGCUCGUCGUGCGCAACCCCCCCCCCCCCCCCCCCCCUCGUCAACGGUACGACGUUACGUAUUAUAUUCCGUCACGUAUUCGCGCUCGAACGCGGUGUUUUUCGUUUUUCGUUCUUGUUUGAUUAUUUAUUCGACGUGCCCAUCCCCUACCGUUCCUCCCUCGUGUUUAUUGUUGCAACCUGUACGGACAAUAUGCUGUCGAUUAUUAUUAUUAUUAUUAUGAUUAUUAUUAUUAUUAUUAUUCAAUACUUUUACGGUCCUCGGCUUUUUUCCACGCUCUGAAAACAGUAAUGAAAUUAUUCAACGCAUUUUUUACGCAAAUAUCUAUUCGUGUGUGUACGUAAAUGACAUUUACUAUAGAUCAGCGAUUCCUAAACAGUGCCCAGAAAAUUCCGCGGUAUCCAAGGGAUGCCGACUGGGAAAACUCUGUAUUCGUGUGUUAUAAAUCUUAUCACUUUUAAAUCGUUCGUGCUGUCAAGAAAAAAAAACCGGUUCCUUAUUAUUUUUUACUUUAAUCGUAAUUAACCAACCUGAUUCGGUGUAUGAAGUGCUUACCUAAUCGAGAAUACAAUAUGAACAAAAAAUUUAAUUUACGAUGGUGUAUCAUAUUAUUUGUAUUAUUUACGUGCAACGCCUUACAAUGUUUAACAAGUUUGGGAAUCGCUACUAUGGACAAACAUUUCUACUGCUUAUUUAUCUGUUGUACAUAUAUUAUAUUGUGUAUUAAAUAAACCACGGUUUUAACAUAAUAAUAAUUGUAAUUACGAUGU